AUGGAAGUUCCCAAAAAUAAAACUAGAAAAGAGAUAGUAAGUGAAGUAGUACAAAUUGGAAAAGAAGUACCCGUGUUAAAAACUGGAAAAAAGGCUUUAAAACAACAUCUGCAGAUAAGUAAUAAAAGCAGUAAUUUACCAAAUACAUUGCAAUCGAAUUCAAAGAAAGGAAAAAUGGAAAAUAAAUCUCAAAAUAAAACCAAGCCCAAGAAUAAAAAACAAGCCAAUUCGGAUACAUCUAAUAAAGUUAUUUCUAAAACACAAAAACAGAAUUCUCUUCUACAAUUGGCUGCUUUACUUCAAAAACAAUCGAAGGAUGAUUCUAAGAACUCUGCUCAGAAGAGACUACAGUCAUUUUUAAAGUAA